AGCCGGCGCCCGCCGCCUUUCCGGAGCCGUCAGGGCGGGUCGGCGGCGCGUCGGCCUCGCGGCCGAGGGGAGGGGGCUCGGCUCCGGGGAGGGGGCGCGCGGGCGGGAGCCAUGGAGCCGGGCGCGGGGGCCGCGGCGGGAGAGGGGCCGCCCGCGCCCCGGCCCCGCCGCCGCCGCCGCCGCUCCCUGCGUCGCCUGCUCGGCCGCUUCCUGCUGGCGCUGAGCAGCCGCUCCCGCCCGGGGGCCUCGCCGCCCCGGCCCCGGCCGGGACCCCGCGAAGGCGACGGCGAGGGGGGCUUCGCGCCCCCGGGCCCCGCCCCAGCCGCGCGCGGCAGCCCCGGGGAGCGGCGCGCGGCCGGCCCCCAGCCCCAGGCCCCCGCCGGCGACGGCGCGCGGCCCCCGGGCGCGCAGGGCUUGAAGAACCACGGCAACACCUGUUUCAUGAACGCCGUGGUGCAGUGUCUCAGCAACACCGACCUGCUGGCCGAGUUCCUGGCGCUGGGGCGCUACCGGGCGGCGCCGGGCCGCGCCGAGGUCACCGAGCAGCUGGCGGCGCUGGUGCGCGCGCUCUGGACGCGCGAGUACACGCCCCAACUUUCCGCCGAGUUCAAGAAUGCUGUUUCCAAGUACGGCUCUCAGUUCCAAGGCAAUGCCCAGCACGACGCCCUGGAAUUCUUGCUCUGGCUUCUGGACCGUGUGCACGAGGACUUGGAAGUCUCCUCCCAAGGGCCCGGGUCCGAGAAGCCUCAGCCUGAAGCCAGCAGAACCCCCGAGCACCUCCUGUCCCCAUCGGCUCAGCUUCCCCUAGGCCAAAGCUUUGUGCAAAGCCACUUUCAAGCCCAGUAUAGAUCUUCCUUGACCUGUCCCCACUGCCUGAAACAGAGCAACACCUUCGAUCCUUUCCUGUGUGUGUCACUACCCAUCCCCUUGCGCCAGACGAGAUUCUUGAGCGUCACGUUGGUCUUCCCCUCGAAGAGCCAGCGGUUCCUGCGGGUUGGCCUGGCCGUGCCAAUCCUCAGCACAGUGGCAUCCCUGAGGAAGAUGGUCGCAGAGGAAGGCGGCGUCCCUGCGGAUGAGGUGAUCUUGGUUGAACUGUGUCCCAGUGGAUUCCAGCGGUCUUUCUUUGAUGAAGAGGACCUGAAUACCAUUGCAGAGGGAGAUAAUGUAUAUGCCUUCCACGCCCCUCCACCACCUGGCCAGGAGAUGCUCUUGGCUCACCCACCUGGUCUUUCCAUCUCCCCGCGCUUGGCAGCCCAUGGGGGUCAACGGUUACCCCCGCCUGUCCAGAGUGAGAACAAGGUGCUGAUCCUCCUCUGUAACUUGGCAGGGUCUGGGCAGCAGGCCAGCAGGUUUGGGCCACCUUUCCUGAUACGGGAAGACAGAGCCAUUUCCUGGGUCCAGCUCCAACAAUGCAUUGUCAGUAAGGUCCGCUAUCUCAUGAAGAGUGAGGCCCCCCUCCAGCAGAACCCGGGGUCUCUGUUCUCCAUCCGGGUGGUGGGGCUUUCUCUGGCCUGCAGCUACUUAUCCCCCCAGGACAGCCAUCCCCUCAGUCACUGGGCAGUUGACAGGGCUCUGCACCCCAGGAGGCCAGGAGGCCCCCCGCACGUCAAACUGGCCGUGGAGUGGGAUAGUGAUGCCAAGGGGCGCCUGUUCGGGAGCCCCCAGGAGGAGCGGGUCCAGGACGCGGAGAGCGUGUGGCGGCAGCAGGAGGCACACCAGCAACCCAGCUGCACCCUGGACGAGUGCUUUCAGUUCUACACCAAGGAGGAGCAGCUGGCUCAGGACGAUGCGUGGAAGUGUCCACACUGCAAGGCCCUCCAGCAGGGCACGGUGAAGCUGAGUCUCUGGACCCUGCCUGACAUCCUCAUCAUCCACCUGAAAAGGUUCUGUCAGGUGGGCGAGAGGAGAAACAAGCUGUCCACGCUGGUGAAGUUUCCGCUCUCCGGCCUCAACAUGGCCCCCCACGUGGCCCAGAGAAACACGGGCCCCAAGCCCGCGACAGGCCCCUGGCCUUCCUGGGAGCAGCCGGCCUGCCUGCCCGCCAGCUGCCCGUGGGACUUCCUGUACGACUUGUAUGCCGUCUGCAACCACCACGGCGGUCUGCAAGGUGGGCAUUACACAGCCUACUGCCGGAAUUCUCUGGACGGACAGUGGUACAGUUUUGAUGACAGCACAGUGGAACCGCUCCCGGAAGAUGAGGUCAGCACGCGAGGGGCUUACAUCCUGUUUUAUCAGAAACGGAACAGCAUCCCCCCCUGGUCAGCCAGUGGUUCCAUGAGAGGGUCCACCAGCUCCUCCUUCUCCGAUCACUGGCUCCUUCGACUCGGGAGCAGUAACAGCAGUGCGAGGGGGAGCCUGCUGUCCUGGAGCUCCAGCCCCGGCCCCUCCCGGCCCCCGGCGUCUGACCCUCCCGUCUUCACCAACGGCCUCUCCGAUCAGGAAAAGGGAGAGCUGGAGUCCAGACGUCUGGUACGGGGCGUACGAGGCCGAAGCAUCAGCAUGAAGGAGCCUACGCCUUCCAGAGCCAAGCAGGGAGCCUUCAAGACCUUGCCCCUCCGCUGGUCUUUCAGACCCAGGGAGAAACCGCCCGGUACAUCUGUCGAGUUGGUGGAGUACUUGGAGUCCAGGCGGAGGCCCCGAUCCACCAGCCAGUCCAUCGUGCCGCUGUUGACGGGCGCUGCCUGCGAGGACGGGAAGUCCGCUGAGGGUGAAGACAGUAGGCCAGCCAGUGAGACAGUGCUGGCCCGAGCGCCCUGCCCCUCUGGCCACCCCAGUCCCUGUGCAGCCCCCGGAACCUCAGAUGGCCUAAAUACAGCCAGGAAAGCCAAGGAAAAUGCGAGUCAGGAUAUCAGGCUCCCCAGACGGUUUGACCUGCCCCUCACGGUGAUGCCCUCAGUGCCGAAUGAGAAACGAGCCCGGCCGGAGGGCCAGAAGACGGCGAACUGCAAGGGAAAUGGCCAGGCAGGAAGCCUCAGCACAGCACCCUCCCCCACAGAGGCUCUGAGCAGCACGGAAUUAUCUAGAAACAGUGCAGAGAGCCACCAGAAUACCCGCAUCAGAAUGAGGGCUAAUGUGGACGGCAGGGACGUCCCACAGGGGACCCUCACCCUUCUGAGGUCCGUGUUUUCCAAGAAGGAGAACAAAUGUGAGAGGCCAGAGGUGGCCCCCCAGGUGUCCCCAGUGUCCCUGGUGAGCGGCAGGCUGAGCCCGGCUGUGGAUGAGCACUCUCGGGGCUCCUCUCCUUCCCCCCGGAUUCAGGAGAGCCUGGCCAGAGCCCCCAUCACCCACUUGGAGAGGGAUGUAUGGUCGGCUCCCAGCUCUCUCCGCCUCCCUCGCAAAGCCGUCAGGUCCACGAGGACCAGUGCCCUGGGCACGUCCCAGAGGACUGUCCCAGGGGAGCACACUCCUUUGGGCACCUUGCAAAAGGUGAAAUACCACACUCUUUCCUUGAGUCGGAAGAAAACGUUACCCGAGUCCAGCUUUUGAUGGCGUGUUCCAGCUUGGUGUGAAGCCGGCAUUCUCAUGACUGAGCAGCUUGUAAGAAGCUCGUGUGUGUGGAGAAUGGGCUUCCGGGAAGCCAGUUGUCUUGGGACCCCGGAAAAUAAGUUUAGUUUUGUUUUGUUUUUUUGUUUUGGUGUCCGCAUUCUGGAUUUCCAAGAUAGCAUGUCCAAAUACUUUCCUGAACCGUUCGGUGCUUUUAUCCGUGCAAGCCACCAGAGGGUGCUGUUGGGUCAGCCUUACUAUUUCAGGGCAAGACCUGAUUGGUUUCAACAAUUCCAGGGCGUGAGUCCCUACGAGGGUGAUUUGGGUGUGGGCCAGCUCGACAGCCCAGUAGAGAAGAGUCUGCAACAUGGAGUCAAUUCUUGUCAUUGGCUUCUCGUUUUCAAACCUCUACGCGCUUCCUGAGAUGAAACAUUCAAGAUGCCGAAAACACGAUAAAGAAGGAUUCUAGGGGAGGGAUGGAACAGAAAUGAUUGAGACUUUAGGAAGAUAUUUAAUAUAUAACAAAAUAAUUGUAGUAUUUUGAUACUAGGCAUAAAGGAAGUUCUUUAAAAAAAAUGUGUAAGUAUGAAACCUAUAUGCAAUUUUAAUAAAAGCCCAUCAGUGAAGCAUG